CAUCAGCAUCAGCUCCCGCUCCACUCGGGGAGCCCGCCUGCUCGGGGAAGCCACUCAGACCCGCCGCCUAUGUGGGGCACGCAGAGGCAGCUCUCGCCAUCCGUGUAACUUUUAAAUGGAAGAUGUCUUUCUCAAAGGCUGCCGAUGUCCAGCGGUGUGCAGUGCGUGAACAGUUGACUAGUCCAGGUGUUUCUGCUUCUGUUUCCGUGCUAUGUGAGUUGGAAAUUCGAGAGAAGAGUGUGCAGAAUGGAGGAGUUGAGGGACAGUCGGCCCAAUAUGUCAAGACCUCUGAUCACUAGAUCCCCUGCAUCUCCAUUGAACAAUCAAGGCAUCCCCACUCCAGCACAACUCACAAAAUCCAACGCACCAGUUCACAUUGAUGUGGGUGGGCACAUGUAUACCAGCAGCUUGGCCACGCUUACAAAAUAUCCUGAUUCCAGAAUCGGCAGACUCUUUGAUGGCACGGAGCCCAUCGUCCUCGACAGCCUCAAACAGCAUUAUUUCAUCGACAGAGAUGGGCAAAUGUUCAGAUAUAUCUUGAAUUUUUUAAGAACAUCAAAACUCCUCAUUCCUGAUGAUUUCAAGGACUACAGUUUGUUAUACGAAGAAGCAAAGUAUUUCCAGCUUCAGCCCAUGCUAGGAGAGAUGGAAAGGUGGAAACAAGACCGGGAGAGUGGCCGCUUCUCAAAAUCUUGUGAAUGCCUGGUGGUGCGUGUUGCCCCAGAUCUUGGUGAGAGGAUUACACUGAGUGGCGAUAAGUCAUUGAUAGAAGAAGUGUUUCCAGAGAUUGGUGAUGUGAUGUGUAAUUCUGUCAAUGCCGGCUGGAAUCAUGACUCAACGCAUGUCAUCAGAUUUCCACUGAACGGAUACUGCCACCUCAACUCAGUUCAGGUAGGAAAGAGAGUACCAACCAGGUACCUGUGGGCUGAUGUGUUUCUCUCUCAUUGCUGGCAAGUUUCCAUGAACGAAACCAGCUGGAGGCUCUGAGCUAGUUACUUCUGUGGGUUAUGGCUGCUUUCUCAUCUUAAUUCUCACGCAUCAUCACCAAAUCUCUUUGCAAAACAAGUUACAGUAGUUGAAAACUUGCUUUAACACCCUGAAGUGAGGCAUCUUGGUGGGACUUUGCCAUUUCAGUGAGACUGUCAGGU